AUGGCUAGUAAGACUUACAGUGAAAGAGCUAAAACUCACCCUUCACCAGUUGCUCAAAGAUUAUUUGAGUUAAUGGAAACUAAGAAGACCAAUUUAUGUGCUUCAGUUGAUGUUAAGACCACUAGUGAAUUCUUAUCAUUGAUCGAUAAAUUAGGACCUUAUAUUUGUCUUGUUAAAACUCAUAUUGAUAUUAUAGAUGAUUAUUCAUACGAAGGAACUAUUGAACCAUUGAUUGAAUUAUCCAAGAAGCAUAAAUUCAUGAUUUUCGAAGAUAGAAAGUUCGCCGAUAUUGGUAAUACAGUUAAAUCACAAUAUUCAGGUGGUGCUUAUAAGAUUGCAAAAUGGUCUGAUAUAACUAAUGCUCAUGGAGUUACAGGAGCAGGAAUUGUUGCUGGAUUGAAAGAAGCUGCCAAAGAAACCACUGACGAACCAAGAGGUUUAUUGAUGUUAGCUGAAUUAUCAUCAAAAGGUUCUUUAGCUUAUGGUGAAUACACUAAACAAACAGUUGAAAUUGCAAAAUCUGAUAAAGAAUUCGUCAUUGGAUUUAUUGCUCAAAAAGAUAUGGGAGGACAAGAUGAAGGAUUUGAUUGGAUAAUCAUGACUCCAGGUGUUGGAUUAGAUGAUAAAGGAGAUGCUUUAGGUCAACAAUAUAGAACAGUUAAUGAAGUCAUUUCCACAGGUACUGAUAUUAUCAUUGUUGGUAGAGGUCUUUUCGGUAAGGGAAGAGAUCCAACAGUUGAAGGUCAAAGAUAUAGAGAUGCUGGAUGGAAUGCUUAUUUAACUAAGACUGGUCAAAAUUAA